AAAUCAUUAGAAAUUUUGUUCCUAAUUUCCCGGCAAACUCUCUUUCUCUCUCUUAGCCCCCUAAAAACCCUAAUCUCGUUUGUCCAGUCGUACCACCUUCCAAGCACUAAACAUCCAGCAAGUAAUCUGCUCUCUCUCUCUCUCCCCCCGCGAAUCUACCAAAACAAUCACCCAAGGAUUCGAAUCUCUUCGUUGCUUCUUCUUUUGUUUUGUUUCUCCUCUGAGCACAUUUCUCACCCGGGUUUCAAGCAGUACCCGGGACCCUGCAACAACAAUCGAAGUUCAUAAACUUUUUAGUAACCCAAUUUCCCAGAUAAAUUUCUUUCUUUCUUUGUUUCCCCUUUUAUAACAUAGCUGGAUUUAGGUUUUUCUUCCACUCAGACUUUUAAUGGCGGAGGAUAAGAACGGGGAUCGGAGCGAGGUGAGUGAUUACUCCUCAGAGGAUGAAGGGACUGAGGAUUACAGGAAAGGUGGAUACCAUGCGCUGCGUAUUGGUGACACUUUCAAAAAUGGCUGCUAUGUGGUGCAGAGCAAGCUCGGUUGGGGCCAUUUCUCUACCGUUUGGCUCGCUUGGGAUACCCAGAAAUCGCGUUAUGUAGCUUUGAAAGUCCAGAAGAGUGCUCAGCACUAUACUGAGGCAGCCAUGGACGAGAUAAAAAUCCUCAAACAGAUUGCUGAGGGCGACCCAGAAGACAAGAAGUGUGUUGUGAAGCUUUUGGAUCAUUUUAAGCAUUCAGGACCAAAUGGGCAGCAUGUAUGCAUGGUUUUUGAGUACCUAGGGGACAACCUUUUGACACUAAUUAAAUACAGUGAUUACCGAGGGGUUCCACUCCACAUGGUUAAAGAGAUUUGCUUUCAUAUCUUAGUGGGUUUGGAUUGUCUGCAUCGUCAGCUUUCUGUUAUUCAUACAGAUUUGAAGCCAGAGAACGUUUUGCUUUUGUCAAUGAUUGAUCCAUCAAAAGAUCCCAGGAAAUCAGGUGCUCCUCUUGUUCUUCCAGCCAGUAAAGAUAAAAUUGCUUCUGUGUCUUUUGCUUCAAAAAGUAAGAGUUUGAAUGGAGAUCUGACAAAGAAUCAAAAGAAGAAAAUUUCUGGAUCGAAGUACUCAGCUUCGGUGGAUCUGUGGUCAUUGCUGCAUUUGCUUGAGUUGGCCACGGGCGGUCUUUUUGAUCCUCACAGUGGUGACAACUAUGACAGGGAUGAGGAUCACUUGGCAUUGAUGAUGGAGCUUCUUGGAAUGAUGCCACGCAAGAUUGCAUUAGGGGGUUGCUAUUCCCGAGAUUUUUUCAAUAGAUAUGGGGAUCUGAGGCACAUUCGUCGCCUGCGCUUUUGGCCUCUUAAUAAGGUUUUCAUGGAGAAGUAUGAUUUCAGUGAGCAACAUGCAAAUGAUAUGGCUGACUUCCUAAUUCCCCUACUUGAUUUUGUCCCGGAAAAGAGACCAACAGCAGCUCAAUGCCUUAAUCAUCCAUGGAUCAGCCCUGGCCCGUUGCUUCUUGAGCCUUCUAUGGCUGUGAAUCCAGCACACAACUCAGAUGCGAGUAUAUCUGAGAGGAAAAGGAGGGAAAUUGACGAGAGGGAAGCGAUGGAGGUUGGAGUAGGGAAUAUAGCAAUUAAUGGAGCUUCAAGGGUGUUGGAAGAACCCCUCCAACUAAUUAUAGAUUCUCAUAAAUAGGAUGUAAGGCUGGUUUCUAACUUUCCCAGAGUUAGCAUUUUGUUCUUUUUUCUUUUAUAAUAUUUUUCUUCUUCAAUCUUAUAUUCUCUUGCCAAAAACUAAAUGAUUUGCAUUCUUUUGGUGAGGGAUUCCAUCUUAUUUAUUGGAAAUUCAAUUUUAUGA